AUGGAUAAUAAGAAACGAAUCAAGAAAGAAGUUUAUAUAGCUGAUGAUGAAGAAAUAAUUAUUGUUAAAAAGAAAAAGAAAUCAUCAAUUUUUAUAAGAAUUUUGAUACGAGCCUUUAUUAGUAUUGGAAUAUUUAUUUUAUCAUUUAUUGCAUUAGCACCAUUUUUACUUCAAGUAUAUGGUGAUGUUAUCUUAACAAAAAUGUUUUUUCAAACUUGGUCUCGUUAUUAUCCAUGGAUUGAUAUCACUAAGCCAAAUAUAUUUAGUUUGAAUGGAGUCAAUGUUUAUGAACAAACAGAACCCAAUGUCACAGUUGGAAUGUGGUAUAUAACACCAUCAGCAAUUGAAAUCGAUCAUAGUUUACCCACUCUUGGUGAUCAUCUUAAACGCUAUAUAAAAUCGAAUGAUCAACCUAUAAUUAUGUAUUUACAUGGACAAGAUGGUACAAGAGCAACACAUUAUAGAGCAAAUCAUUAUCGAGUGAUGACUGCUUUUGGUAAUCAUAUAAUUGCACUUGAUUAUCGUGGUUAUGGUGAUUCAACUGGUAUAGCAAGUGUAAAUGGUGUUGUUCAUGAUGUAUUACAUGUAUUUAAAGCAAUUCGUCAGACUUGUCCUGAAAAUCCUAUAACUAUAUGGGGACAUUCAAUGGGCACAGGGGUCGCACUGUGGACAAUGAAUAAUUUAUUUCAAAAUAUUACAGAUUUAAAAAAGCCAUCAGGUUUAGUACUUGAAGCACCAUUUUAUAAUACAAUGCAAGGAUUUGUGUCAUAUCCACUUACACGAAUAUUAAAAGUAAAUCCAUAUUUCAUGCAAGCUGCACUUGAUUCGUUUACAACUGUAAAACUCGAUUUUCCAAACAAUGAACUUAUUUCAUCACUUCCAUUACCAAUUGUUGUCAUACAUUCUGAAGAUGAUAAUGUUAUUCCUUAUUUUCAUGUUGAAUUAAUUCAGGAUUAUGUUAAACAACAUCGUGAUAAAAAUUUACCUUCAGUACGUUUUAUUACAGUUCCACGUUCAGCGGCUUGUGGUCAUAAUCAUAUAUAUUCAUAUCCAAAAUUUCAAGAAAUUGUCAGUGAUUUUUCAUUCCUCAAACGUUCGCCAUCAACAUAA